CUCUCAGUUAGUGUUGAGACCGUAGAGCGUACGGACGUAUUAACGCUGACUGUUCGCUUGUUACCCAUACAAAUACUCUGUGCAAAAACAGUGACAACAUCAAGUUUUUAUUUGAUUUUUACCUAAAAAGAAAAACCGCGAAAAGCUAACUUUAUUAGCUUUGUCAAAACAAAAACAGCAACUGGUGCCACAAUAUGCCGCCCAACGCAACCGCCGGAGGGCAGUCGAUUACCGACUCGCUAAUCUCGGCCGCUGCCACAGCAGCCGCCGAAUCGGAGCAGAAUCCCACCAAGCUGCAGCAGGAUUCGACCGGUGUGCUGUUCGAGUGCGAUGCCGAGACCAUCGAUGGCGGCCUCGUCAAGGAUAUUGUCUCCAUGAAAAAGGCCGACAGGCGCAAACUGAAACUCGUCUGGCGCAAUAUAAUACUCUUUGGCUAUUUGCACUUGGCCGCACUCUACGGCGCUUGGCUGAUCUUCACCUCGGCCAAAUGGCAGACAAUUGCUUUGGCUUUCGUUCUUUAUGCUGUCUCUGGCUUGGGCAUUACGGCUGGCGCUCAUCGUCUGUGGGCCCAUCGUUCGUACAAGGCUAAGUGGCCGUUGCGCGUGAUUUUGGUGAUAUUCAAUACGGUGGCCUUCCAGGAUGCCGCUUUCCAUUGGGCUCGCGAUCAUCGUGUGCAUCACAAGUAUUCGGAAACCGAUGCCGAUCCGCACAAUGCGACACGUGGCUUCUUCUUCUCGCACAUUGGCUGGCUGCUGUGCAAGAAGCAUCCCGAGGUGAAGGCCAAGGGCAAGGGUGUUGAUCUGUCCGAUCUGCGCGCCGAUCCCGUCCUGAUGUUCCAGAAGAGACACUACAUGAUUCUGAUGCCCCUGGCCUGUUUCAUUCUGCCGACUUUGGCGCCCAUGUACUUCUGGAAUGAGACCUUGAUGAAUGCCUGGUUUGUGGCCACCAUGUUCCGCUGGUGCUUCAUUCUGAAUGUGACCUGGCUGGUGAAUAGUGCUGCGCACAAAUUCGGUGGCCGUCCCUAUGACAGAUUCAUCAAUCCUUCGGAGAACAUUUCUGUUGCGUUGCUCGCUUUCGGCGAGGGCUGGCAUAACUAUCAUCAUGUGUUCCCCUGGGACUACAAGACCGCUGAGUUUGGCAAAUAUUCGCUAAAUCUGACCACGGCCUUCAUUGAUUUCUUUGCCAAGAUUGGCUGGGCCUACGAUCUAAAGAGCGUCUCCCCCGACAUUAUCAAGAAGCGUGUGAAGCGCACCGGCGAUGGCACCCACGCCACCUGGGGCUGGGGCGAUAAGGAUCAGCCAAAGGAGGAGAUCGAUGAUGCCGUGAUUACACACAAAAAGAGCGAAUAAAUUAAGAGCGGAUCACGCGCUAAAGCCAGAAUGAAUUGAAUCAAAUGAUACAACAGAAACAGAGUAACAACAUAAUGAAAGAAAUUUUCAAUUUUACACAUGCCGGCUAAAGGAUAUUCAAAGCAGCAUAGCAAAAAAAAAAAAAAAAAACCAAACAAAAAAAAAGAACAUACAAACAGAAACCCUUUAAAUAAUUUUAAGAAACGAUGUUAAUGAUAAAUAUCUGUUGUUUAUCAAUAACUGUAUACCGUCUGUGUUAAACCAGCUCUGGAAAUUGUUUUUCGCUCCACAUUUGCUUUUUUUUGGAGAUGCAUAGAGUCAGCCGAUCUGGACGCCAGCCAAGUGUACAAAGUACUCCGCUGGGCAGCAACUGGACGGCAGCCAGAUAAAAUUUAUCUUUAUACUUAUACAUACACAUACCAUGCUAUAUACUAUUACAUAUAUGUUAUAAACAAAGAAAAACCAAUUUUGAUUUAUGGUUCAAUUGGAAAUAUUUCGAGCCUAACUCCAGUUUGUAGCAAGCGAAAGAUUCAGUUAAAUGUAAUGAAAUUGAUUAUAACGAUAAAUGCCUAUAAAAGAUUUUAGUAUUUAUAGUGAACCAAAAAGAACUAACACACAAAAGAAAUCAUGAUAUAUUAUAUGUUUACGAUAUAAUAAACGAUCUAUGUUAGACACACAAAA